AUGUCGAGGCCCGGUCGAAUGCGUUGCGACAGACCCCAAGCUCGAAACAACGUCUCGAGCUCGUGCGUCGCGUGGGCUGCGAAGUAUAAGACAAACCCACUCUUCAAUGUAAAAGCUCUGGAGGAAAAGAUCUAUAACGGCCUCCGCAUGCCAGGGAGCUGGUAUCCUCCCCCACCAUGUUACCUCACGAAGCUGCCGAAUGAGAUUCUCGUGGACCAAGUGUUCAGACACUUAGAGGUCAUUGAUAUUAUCCGCCUGCGGCAGAUCUGCAAAUUAUUUUAUGACCUUACACAUCACGCCGUUCUGUGGAAAAGGCUCUUACGGCGGGCAGGUGUCCCAGUCCCUCCUUUGCCACACACGAUCCCUAACAUGAGCGGCGUCGAAAUCGAGCGGCUGCUUCUUCGUGCAAUAUCCCUCGCCCGAGACUGGAACUCCACGGAGCAGAUGCCCGCCAAUGUCUACGACUUCAACGCUCAUCAUCAAAUCCACUCAAUGUUCAUUCUCCCUGGCGGACGCUACCUCAUCGCCUCCACCUCUGACAAGGCUGAGAGCACAUGGUCUAUCGUCAUCUACAUGAUGGACCACCGCGUCAAUGAGGUUGUUGCGCUCGCGAAACCCCUUGUGAAGACGAAAGCGAUUCACAUCAACGCACGCUAUAUGACCAUCGGAGGCGUCUGGUCAAUUGUCAUCGCGUAUGUCCGCCGCGAAUUUCUGCAUCACAGGCAUCGAAGGCCAGGUGCCACGCCACUCGACGUCUCCCAGUACAGCGGCGACUACGAGAUCCUUGACCCCGAAUUUCCACUGAAGUAUGAAUGCAACGUCGUUUCCAUCUCCCUCUCGCAGUUGGAAAUACUUGGCGACCCUGGCGCCCCACCCGGCCCGCCCGAAUUCAUCGAGUACCUACUUUCACAGGAAUUGCCCUUUCGACUGCUAACGCAGAUCCGGAGCGAGAGUAUCUUGGCUCGCCCCGUUCUCGAAGAGAUAUUUGGCUCACCAUACCUUGCUCUGAUGAAGCAGCCAGACAAGCUUAUGUUCAAGAACUUGGGUGGCGGUCAAGCGUCAACCUUAACCAUGCCGACCUAUCAGCUUUUCCCUCAGCGCCAUGAGAUACGGACGAUGUCCAUUCGGUUGAACCCGUUACAAGACUCGGUCAUCGUUCUCCGUCGUAUGGUUAUGCCGAGGCCGGAGUAUAACCCCCAGACCGACGCAUAUAUGACAGACCACGGAAUUCCAACAUCAGACGACGAGGCCGCCAUGCCGUACCUUCACAGUGCGGAGGAGUCCAAGGUCCCCCGCCCCAUCGUCAUAUUUUGGAAGCGUACCGUGCUCCAACUUCCGCCGACUCCCCCUGGCGCGCAAGUGCCUGCACAAGCUCAGAUCUCCUAUAGCUACCGUAUCGAAGAUGUCAAAGCGGCCCGCAGGCUGAUUCCUGGUGACAAUCUCCGUUACCAGCCGCUUGUUGGCACAAUGCGCAGUAUCUUGUACAAGGUGCCAAAGGAUGACAUAACCGACACCCCGCUAGUUGUUGCCAUUGCGCGUCACAUCGACCCGGAUGCUUAUCUGCGACAGCCGGUGCUUCCAACCACCGCCGAGGAGUGGGAAUUGGAUAUUGCUGAAAUAGAAUUGCCGUCUCAAGUCUACCCAGCUGAGAUCACAGCCAUGGCCUGGGACGAGUCGAUCGGGAGAUUGAUUGUUGCGCAAAAGAAAUAUUUCUGGAUAACUGUCCUCGAUUUCUCCGCGGCGCCGAGGGUCGGUAAAUGGUGUGCCAUCUUCUAUUGGACGUCGCUGUACACUGAUAUCGACUGUGUCGUACUAGACAAAGACGGAAGCAGACUGCCGUUUGCGGCGUCGAUUAACAACGAUCUAAGCGAGAUAUCGGCGCCGCUUCCCAACUCUGGCUCUAUCCUUUCCCCGCACCCAGCUCUGAAUGACUGCGACGAGCGCACAAGAUGGCAGGGCUACAGGGAAGACUUCAUCUUUAAGGACUACAAGGAUAUCGGUGUAUUGCUGCAACGGGCCAAAGACUGGGCACAAGAGGACGCUAUGGAUCAGGAAUCCUCUCAGGCAAUUCUGAAGGAUGGGCCAUCCCAGAAUGUCAUGGACGACAUCCGCGACGAUGAUACAGUCCAGGUUGUUAGGGACACUGAUUCGGUUCAAGGCGUUGGCGACAAUGAACACAUGGCACCGCCAAGUGGAGAUUCUCGCAACGGCGAACAAGAGCAGGCCAUUCGUGAUGACGAGUCGAUUCUCUCCUAUACCCGAUCGUGGGGUCAAAUAAGGAGCCCCAACACCGAGAGCCGAGAUACUAACCCCACUCAUCAGCUCAGUGCCAACGACCCCAAGGUCAGCGUGCUCGGUUUUGGAGCGAUGGACCUCGCGACGUGGAACUGUAAGGCAGAUAAGGAAGAGGGCUUGCGCAUCCCUACGAACGUCACCGACCGCGGCAUCACCUUCUGUCCGACGUAUACGAGGCCAGUGUGUAUCACCGUCCCCGUCCUCUCGAUUCACGGUAUGGCUAGCCGAAAUGAAGGUCGGCGCGUGCAACCUGCGCCCCGAGGUGUCGUUGCCGUGGGCGCCGAACAGCAAGCCGCCGUGGCGUCGCAAACCGACUACAUCGGGUUGUGCUACCAGCACCGUGUCGACCUGGAAAUCCCAAUUGAGGUUACAGCGAACAUGCGUGAAUUUGUUCACAAUCACGAUGAAGACCUUCCAGUAGAUCGGCUCGUCCUGAGCGAGUGCAGCAGUAAUGUGAUGAAGAGGGUUAAAUGCGUACUUGGUAUCGGGAAGGAGAUCAUGGUGCGCCGGGUGGAAUACAUCCCCUUCAUGCUCGAAAUCGGGGCGAACGGGUUUGCUAAAGCUGCGCAUGCACUGUACACUGCAACGGAAUGGAUUAAAUGGGCGAGCGGAAGUGAACACAGGUCCUAUGCUAAGCCAGACAGCCACGUCCCAGAGGGAUGA